AAGGUGCUGCUGUUCGUUCGAAUGGCGGUGAGAAGGCUGAGUCUCCCAAGGCCGAUCUCCCGCAGGCUAGACAGAUCUCUCCCAUAUAUCCAGUGUAGCUGGUUUAAAAACUUGUCUGAGAGGUACACCUUCCUCCAGACCAGCAUGGAAAAGAGCUUGAGAUCUACUACCCUUGUAACAGACACUUCAGGAAAAAAAGGUUUUACCGAAGAAACAUCUUACAGAUUUGUUGCAUUUCUGAGAUUAAUAUUUACAGUUUGGAGUUGUCAGCUUUCUCAUGAGAUAUAUUUUGGCAGUCCCAAUGGAAGCUUUCUUUGACGUUUUAGAACAAUUAUACAAGAAGGUACUUCUGGGAGCCACACUUGAAAAUGAGAACCAUGAUUACAUCUUUUAUCUCAACCCAGCAUCUUUGGAUCAAGAUUGCUCUACAGCCGCCUCUUCAGAAUGCCCAAACCCCCAUGGAGUCCAGGACAAGCAUCAGCCAUCCUCUGCCAAUUUGGCUACCAUUUCUGCAGUGCCUGUGUGUUUGAAGAAACACUCGCCGAUACGCAGCGCCCGGGAAGUAGUGCUCCUUCAGUUAACAGUAAUCAAAGUGAUGAUAACCAGAAUAUUGUCUGUUGAAACUGACUUCCGUGCGAAGGAGAAAUACAGAGAUACAAUUAAAGUUCUUUUAAAAUCAUCUGACAUCGAUUCUAAAUUAACCUGUAUGUUCCAAAACUCGGAUAAAUUGUUAUCUCACAUGGCUGCAAAGUGCCUUGCACUACUUCUGUAUUUCCAAUUGAGAGAAAAGAUAACAUUUAGUAAUUCCUGGAUUGCUUUUUGCCAAAAAAAUCUUUCUGAAUACCCUGAAAAUGAGAAAGCAGUAUACUGCCUCUGGACCCUUACUGUUAUAAUAAAAGAAAUCUUUAAAGAUACAUGUUCACAAAAAACAGAAAUUUUAAAGCAGUUCUUGACUCCUUUUGACACUAUUUUUGAAGUUUUUUACAAUUCGUUAUUUUCUCAGCAUUUUGAAAGCUGCCAAGAUACCUCUAAAAUAAUAAACAGCUUGAUAUGUUUCCUGGAAUUACUUGAACUUCUUAUAGCUUCCAGAAUCCAUCUGAAGCUACAUUUCACUUGCCAGAGGAUUUUAUUUUUGAAACCUUCUUGUGUGCUAGAUGUUAUUACCUGGCCUGUUCAGGCUUUUGUCAAAAGGAAGUUUAUCAUAUUCAUCAAAAAGUGCCUUCUCUGGAAAGUGGGCGAAGACCUUUGUCGGGCAUCCAGCCCUGUCCUAAUGCCACCAGAUCGGCAUUUAGAUGUAGAUAUGUUGGCUUUAGCUGAUGCUGUUUUGCGAGCUGUGGAUUUGGGCUUAUUGAGGACGUUGUCUGUCCAUGGAAAACCUCCCUGCUUUGGUGGAGAUGAAAUUCAACCUACAUGUGAGCAUGUCCCUGGUCCAGAUCAUGUUAUUCUCAGAGCAGCAAGCCUACUUAUCAUUAAAUCCGUAGAAAUCAAGUUUCAAAGUUGUGCUUCAGCAGAUGAAAUGAAAGUUGAUUUACAGAGUUUCAUGUGUGAGUUACUGACCUUCUUAAAGCCUCACCUUCAGCCCUCCCUUCAGUCACACAAUCUAUGUGAGUGGAUCUCCAAGGUCUUCAUAGAACAAGACGAUGACAUGCUGGAGGCUGCCAAAGCAUCACUGGGCAUCUACCUAAAGUUGACCAGACAAUGUAAAGCUACUGAAAGCUCGACCCAAGAAAAAGAAAUGUGGAACCAUCACACACAUGAGUAUGGCUAUAAUCCACACUGUAUUUUCUUAUUCUUAUUGAAAAACAUAGGAUUUGAUUCUUCAGUUCUUCUUGACUUUUUGAUUUCAUCGGAAACCUGUUUCCUUGAAUAUUUUGUUAGAUAUUUAAAAUUACUGCAAAAAGACUGGGCUCAUUUUUUCACGAUUUGCAAGUAUUUUGACGUAACCGAAUCUAAAGAUAGCAUAAAUAUUUGUGGUUGUAGCUCCUCAUUUGUCCAAGAUGGAAGUAGCAACCAAACAGAACUUAGCCCUUCGGCUGCUCCUGGUAGUCCCAGAAGUGCUCAUGCUUCGAUCUCCUGGGCUUCUAAUGUUUCUUCUGGAUCUCUGAGCCAUCUUGUGAUAUCCAAGGAGACCUAUGCCACGCUCCAGGCUGAUAGUCUGCCUCCCCUACGAGCUUCUCAAAGUCUGGUAGAUUAUGACAGCUCUGAUGAUUCUGAAGCAGAAGGCACAGACCAGCACUCAGCAAACAGUAAACAAACAUCUUUACACCAAGAAGCAAUGAAGAAAUCUCAGGACCCAGUUGGAACAGGUACGGAUAAAAAACAACUUCGCCUAGAGCCUCAAUCAAGGCCUCUGGUUCCAAAACAGUCUAAUAGUCCCUUCUCUGUUGAUUGUGAUAGAGUCCCAAAUAACGUCUCCGAAGUGGGAAUAUCUUACACAACACUGAAGUGCUUUGAAGAGCUACAAGGUGCCAUUUACCGUUUGCAGAAGAAAAAUCUUUUCCCGUAUAAUGCCACGGCACUUUUGAAGUUGUUAAAACAUAUUGAGGCAAUAUAUAACGAGCAUAUGAACGCUUUGUAAAACAGUAGCAUUUUAUUUCCAGGAACUGUUUUUCCCUGCUAUAAAUUGUGCCUUAAUGAGAUAAUCGUAAAAAUAAAUAAAUAAAUAAAUACCCUCAAAAGCAUUUUCUAAAUCAAGUCUGUCCUUUUGCCCUUUUCAGAGUAGCCUAGUGACUGACAGAGAUACCUCAAAUGACAAGUCACCUGAUAACGGUUUUAUGUCGCUUGAAAUUUACAGUGGUUCAGACCUAACACAAAUUUGAGAUGGAUAUUCUAUUAGUUUGCUAGGGCUGCUGUUAACAAAUUACCACAAACUCAGUGGCUUAAAACAAUGGAAAUAUAUUCUCUUGUAGUUCUGGAGACUAAAAGUCCAUAAUCAAAGUGUCAGCUGGGCCAUGCUUUCUCUCAAGGCGCUAGGGAAGAAUCCUUCCCCGCCUCUUCCUGUCUUGUGAUUGCUGGCACUCCUUGGUGUUCUAUAACUUGGAGCUGUGUCAGUCCAGUCUCUUCCUCUGUUGUCACGUGAGGUUUUCCCUGUGUGUCUGUAUCCAGUUUCCCUCCUGUAGAUACCAGCCCUGGAUUAGCAUCCACUCAUCCAGUGUGACCUCAUCCUAGCUUGAUUACAUCGGCAAAGACCCUACCUCCAAAUAAAGUCACAUUCACGGGUUCUGGGUAGAUGUGAAUUUUGGGAGGGACACUAUUUAACCCAGUAUACUUAUUAUUUCCCUCAGCUAUUUACUUGUAAUGGGAUGUGUAAAAAACUUAAAAUCUUAGCAGGUUUUUUUUAAGAGAGAAGAUGAGCUCUCUGUAUUUGUAGGUGUGUGGUCUGGUCUGUGAACAUGAGUCUAUUCUUUAAAGCAAAUUUUUAAUCAGUAGAUAGUUUUCCUAUUUAAAAUUGUU